AUGUCCAGAGGAAAACACUUGAAGAAAUAUUUGAUGUUGGAGAGGGCUAUUCCUUUAAGUGGGAAGACUGCAUCUUUUGUCACUUAUACAGAAUUCCUUGCUCUUUCUAUCUCCGAGCAAGGUCAUCCAAAAGAACUUGGUGAAGUGAAGGUGGUGAUGCUAAGAGCAAGACGGGGAAAGUCAACUAAGCCUAUUGUUUUUUAUGGAAGUCAAAUUAUCCACCACCAAUUAUCUAUAGGUUAUCAGCUUCUCCGGCAAAAUAGAGAUCGUCAGUGUAAGUCCGGGUUGAGCCCUGGGCAAAUACUCCGAUACCUAAGUUAG